AUGGACAGGUUAGAUCCCGCGCUUUACACCAUCGCAUGGAUUGCGCCGUUGGAUAUCGAUGCGCAGGCCGCUCUCUACAUGCUCGACAACAGGCACAACGGCCGGUUUCCCGUCAGCCGAGGCGAUGAUUACGUUUUUCAAGCUGGGGACAUCAACGGUCACAACAUCAUUAUUACGACCUUGCCUGAAGGCCAAAAGUAUGGUCCUGGGUCAGCUGCAGCCCUUGCUAGCCAGGUUAAGAGGUUCUUUCCCAAUCUCUGGUUCGGCUUACUCGUCGGUGUCGCAGCUGGUCUUCCGAAUUUGACAGGGAGCCCCCCCUUGACAUCCGCCUUGGAGAUGUUCUUGUCGGCCUACCGGAGGGCGAAGGCGCGGGGCUCAACGGGCAAACAACCUCUUCUCAACCGCUAUCGACUGUUUUCGCGUAAUGCAACUUGA